GCGCUUUUGUUUUGUGUGACUAUGGGCUGUGCGCUAUCGGGGCCCGGGGUGAACCCCGGGAGCAGAACCGCCCCAGAGGCGAACGAAUCCGGAUCAGACACUGUCACUGGGACCGGGUACCGGUUGAAAUCGGCGCCCCUCCCGCUUUCUGAAGCGCAGAAAGAUUUAAUUCGGGAAUCUUGGAAAAUCCUUCACGAGGACAUUGCGAGAGUGGGGAUUAUCAUGUUUAUCAGGCUGUUUGAGACCCACCCCGAGUGUAAGGAUGUCUUCUUCAUGUUUCGAGAGAUCGACGAUCUUCAGGAGCUGAAGAUGAGCAAGGAACUGCAGGCACACGGUCUCAGGGUGAUGUCCUUCAUUGAGAAAAGUGUAGCCCGACUGUCUCAGGAAGAUAAACUGGAGCAGAUCGCGUUUGAGCUGGGCAGGAGCCACUGUCGCUACAGCGCACCUCCCAAAUACUAUGAGUAUGUUGGGGUGCAGUUUAUCAGUGCGGUGAAACCGAUUGUAAAAGAGAACUGGACUCAAGCAGUGGAGGAGUCCUGGCAGAGCCUGUUUUUGUAUCUCACGGAGGUGAUGAAAAGGGGCUACCAUGAAGAGGAGAGGAAGAACGGGGUCAACAAAACGAGCUACGGGACCCAAGCGCCGUCCAUGUGGGCGGAGGUUACUGGCGCCGUGCAUAAUAAAGUCUGAGCGCCCCUUCCUGCAGAGAAGGGGGCCGGGGAGUGGGGGGGUAUUC